GAUCGUGGUUGUUCAGAAUCAGCUGUUUCAUUCCAUCAUGAGUGACCGGGACUUCGACGUUGUGGUUUUUGGAGCGACGGGUAUGGCAGGUCGCUACUGCAUUGAGCAGCUGCACAGGAGCUCCGCAGACAACAUCAAGUGGGCUAUCGCGGGUCGCAACAGAGCGAGACUCGUAGAGGUUCUCGGAGAGGUUUCAUCAUGGGUCGGAACCGACUUGAGCAAAACUGCCAUCAUCGAAGCGGACGUAUACAGAGCCGAAAGUCUGUCAGAGAUGGCCAAGAGAACCCAGUGCAUCAUCAACACCGUCGGACCUUACACACUGUGGGGAGAGGAAGUCGUUCGAGCCUGCCUAGAGCAACGAACUCAUCUGCUCGAUCUAAGUGGCGAGCUCCAGUACAACGAAGCUAUGCGGAAUAAAUAUCACCGGGAAGCAAAGGAGAAAGGAGUUAUCAUCCUCCAAACGAGUGGAUUCGAUUCGGUACCAGGCGAGAUGAUUCUGCAAUUCGCGAGGGAAAACUUCCCCGGGAAUCUCAACACGCUUGAGACAUUUGUAACGUUCCGGGAGGGUGACCAUGGGGCCGCGGUCAACACAGGAACCCUCAAUUCGGUGCUUCAAAUUUGCAAAAAUCUCCGAGCUGUGUCCAAGAUAAGGCAGGCAGCGUGGGGCACUGUGUUUGAGCAGCCUUGGCAGGCGGUCGAUCACCGGAAUCCGCUCUGGUUAAUGAUUUCUUCACGGGCGGAGGUGCCUGGGUACAACAUCCCAUUCAUUGGGGGCGAUAAGCCCGUCCUGAAUCAUUCCGAAUUCUUCCGCCGAGAGGUGAACCCCGAUCAUAAGAGAGUUCAAAUUCAAACCCAUUUGUAUGACGAGUCGCUGCUCAAGAUGUUCGGACUGAUGUUCAUCUUCAUGAUCGUGGGAUUUCUGUCUCAAUUCUCUCUUGGUAGAAAGCUCAUCGAAAAGUAUCCCUCGUAUACCACGCUUGGCAUGUUCCGAAAAGGGGGACCGACAAGACAACAGGUCUUGACGUGUGGUUUCACAACUCUCGGCAUAGCCGAAGGUUGGCUGCGAGACGAGCCGCGAACGACGAAACCGAAACACAAAAUUGUGGUCAGAGUGGACGGACCGGAGGUUGGCUAUAUGACCACUUCUAUCUGCAUGGUCCAAACCGCGAUCUGUUUGCUGACAGAGAAAGAGUGUCUUCCAAUGAAGGGGGGAUACCUGACGCCAGGCUUCGCCCUCGAGAAGUCGACGUUGCUCAAGCGGCUCACCAACAACGGCUUCAAGUUCAGCGUUGUUGAGAAGAAUUUCGAUUUCUGUCAAAUGAAGUCUGUCUCUGCCUUUCUGUGGCUUCCAUGCCGGUCCGAGGCUCUGCUCCGGUCUUUGCCUCUCACCAAGAGCGUCGCCAGGAACCAAAGUGUCAGUAGCUAUAAUGGUUUGAUCGGAUGCGCAUCGUCGGUGUCCGAUGGAAAACGCGAUGGCAUCCUCGGGAGGAGUCCUUCCGGCCGGAACGGCGAGCCGCAUGAUUAUUCCCCGCGGACGUUUGUACGCCGUCAAUCGACGGUUGCAGAUACGAAACCCGCUGCCGAUUCGAAGCCCAACGCAGACGAUCGAGAGUUCGACAUCGUGGUUUUCGGUGCAACCGGUCUAGCUGGUCGUUACUGUGUCGAACAGCUCCACAAGAGCUCCGCCGAUAACAUCAAAUGGGCUGUAGCGGGUCGCAACAAGUCGAGAAUCAACGGGGUCCUGGAAGAGGUCUCGUCAUGGGUGGGAAGCGACUUGAACGGGUCAACGGCCGUCAUCGGAGCGAACAUCGAGAACAAUGAAUCCCUCGCGGAAAUGGCCAAAAGAACCCGGUGCAUCAUCAACACCGUCGGACCCUACACACCUCAUGGGGAGCAAGUGGUCAAAGCUUGUCUAGAUCAUGGAACUCAUUUGCUCGAUCUCAGCGGCGAAUUACAUUACAACGAGAGCAUGCGGAACAAAUACCACAAUGAAGCGAGGGACAAAGGGAUCGUUCUGCUGCAAUCCGCUGGGUUUGGUUCGGUCGCUGGCGAACUUCUCCUCCUAUACGCUAAAGAGAACUUCCCGGGACACCUUAACACCCUCGAAACGUUCGCAUGUUUCCGGGAAGGCGAACACGGAUUCGUGGGUGGGACAGGUACCUUGAACUCCGUGACGCAUAUCGUCAGAAAUCUCACCAAGAUGCCCGGUAUCCGCAAGCAAGCCUGGAAAAGCGUCUUCAAGCAGCCGUGGCAGCCAGUGAAGUUCCGGAACGGCUUCGGACUGCCAAUAAGCAAGCGGAAGGAGAUACCGGGAUUGAGCGUGCUCGUGGUGGGGACUGAUAAGCCCGUCAUGAAUCACUCGGAGUUCUUCCGCCGGGAAAUAGACCCAAAUUACCAGAGAACCCAAAUCCAAAAUCACUUGUGUACAUCGAUAGUCAAGGCGGCCAGACUUGCUGCAGUCCCUGCCGCUGUGGGUGCCCUGUCUCUACUCCCCUUCGGUCGCCGAGAACUUCUGGAGCGUCCGUCCCUCUAUACGUUCGGAAUGAUCGCGGAGGGAGGACCAUCUCGUAAACAAGUUCUGACAUGCGGCUUCACCAUGCUCGGCAUUGGUCGAGGAUGGCUCCCUAACGAGUCCCGCGACAAAGAACCGACCCAUCAAAUUGUUGUGAGGCUUGAUGGGCCGGAAGUGGGCUACAUGAGCACCUCGACAUGCUUGGUGCAGAGCGCAAUAUGUGUCGUCAAAGAGAAGGACUGCAUACCGAUGGAGGGAGGUUACCUCACGCCUGGAUUCGCCCUGGAGAAGUCCUCGUUGGCGAAGCGAGUCCGUGAGAGAGGCUUCAGAUUCAGCGUGGUCGAGAAAACUUUCUGAGAGAUCGCAAUCAGGCACUUUCACGAUGCGAGGAUCAAGUCUGUUCGAGAAAUCUUCGAACCUAGAAGCAACGUACGAAGGGAAGGUUGAGAGCAUCUACCACAAGAGAGAGAAAUAUUUUUCCGGAUCUCGGAGAGCCCGCCGAUGAGUUUGAUUUUGGCUUGAAUUUCGCGAAUGAGUCAUUAUAUGGGAUACUUAGUGUUUCAUGAGCUAUGGAGAGCUCUGUGAAAUGAACUUAGAUAUAUCUAUCCGGAGGAGUUUUGGGCUAAUCCGAUAAUGGAAUAAAUUGCCAGAUCU